CUCGACACUGCUGCCAGCCAUUCAUGUCACACACUACUAUACUGAGCAGAGGCAGGAAAAGGUGAAAAGGUCAGCAUUUCUCUCAACGUAUGUAACGGAGGAUGUAUAUAAAAGGCAAUGGUCUGUUUUCUCACCGAGGCACACAUUGUGGACUGAGCGAGGACAGAUACAACAUAAAAUGGGAAAGAUCAUCUUCUACGAGGAAAGGAACUUCCAGGGCCGCUCCUAUGAGUGUAACUCUGAGUGCCCAGACUUGUCCUCAUACUUCAGGCGCUGCAACUCCAUCCGUGUGGAGAGCGGAAACUGGAUCCUGUAUGAGCACCCCAACUACAGGGGGCACCAGUACUUCCUGCAUAGAGGGGAGUACCCCGACUUCCAGCAGUGGCUGGGUUACAAUGACUCUAUAAAGUCCUGCCGUCUGAGCCCCCAGCACCAGGGAUCAUUCAGAGUCAGGAUCUAUGAGAAAGAAGACUUCCGAGGUCAGAUGAUGGAGUUCACAGAAGACUGUCCCAAUGUCUACGAGAGAUUCCGCUACCAUGACAUCCACUCCGCCCAUGUACAAGACGGAUACUGGAUGUUCUAUGAGGAGCCCAAUUACCGGGGACAUCAGUACUACCUGAGAUCAGGUGAAUUCCGGAGAUACUCUGACUGGGGAGCCACCAGCCCCAGAAUUGGCUCUUUCCGACGGGUUCACCACUUUCACUGAAAUAUAGAGAAUGUAAUAUUGUAACUAAUAUUGUAUUGAGCAAAUACAUUUUAUUCAUUA